CAUUUUCAGCUUCCAGAAAUUAUGUACAGAGCCUUGCAACAUGAGGCUGUGUGUUAUGCUGAAACAUGAGGCGAUGGCGGUGAAUGAAAGGCAUGACAAUGGGCCUCAGGAUCUCGUCACGGUAUCCCUUGACUACAAGAAUAACUAUAAAAACGAUUUUUGUUUGGGAAUAACUGGGCCAGUACAUUAACUGGGCCAGUACAUUGUGGAACAUUUAGAGAGAAAUGUAUUAUGUAGAAUGAACAUGGCUCUCUGACACGUGGAAUAAGGAAUCGUGUCAACUCUAUUCAUUACAUUUCUAUCUGAAACGUAACAUAUUGUUAAGCCACUUGUUUUGCCGGGUCAAUGUCUUUGGGAGAUCCAGUGGACAGGAAGGGGUUAAUGGCCAAUGUGAUUAUCCGGAUCUUGUGAUCCAGAGCUGAGCCAUGAAUGAGUGCCUUUUAUGUGCAGUGAGCAGACUGCAUCUCAGCCGGUAAAGCUGCCUGAAAACCACAAAUCGCGCUGCCAACGGAGCCCAGCUCUCCUGGGUGAACUGGAGAAGCUCAGCACUCUGAUCCUGGACUGCAACAGCUACUCGUCCCACGUCAAGUUCCCCUACAUGCCUAGUGUCACCACCGUGUGGAUCAACAAGAACAAGGUCGGCAACCUGCCCAUCUUCGUUGAGGAGAUCCGAAGCAAGUUCCCCAACAUCAAGAUUCUCAGCAUGAUGAACAACGAAUCAGCACCCAGCUACUUCAAUGGAGGGAGUCUAGACCAGUACAUAGACUACAGGCAGUAUGUGAUCAGUCAGAUCCCAAGCCUGAAGAUCCUGGAUGACACUGAGGUUUUGGAGAAAGAGAGAGCGCAGGCUAAGAAGACCUAUAGGAUGCAGAGGACCAGGGAAGGCAGCAAAAAGAGGAAGGAACAUCAACAUUAAACCCUCCAUAACACUGCUCCCUAUCGAACUGAACUUCAAAGAUUUAUCAAGAUGAGAAAAAUAAUCAUUGUAUAGAUAACUAGUUCAAGGCAAGUUAGCACAAUUUCAAAUAUAUUUUCAACAUGUUUAUCAAAAUUAAAAUGGGAUAACUUAUCUUAUGACUUUAUGGUUGAGGGGAUUCUAAGCUGAAAUAUGGAAUUGUUUUAAGAUGGUCAUACCAUGGAGUAUUUAGCUAUUUGAUUUGGAAUUUUAGGACCCAUUCAGGUACAACACAUAUUUGCUAAAAUAUUGAAUUUGGCCUUUACUACUAUAGCACAUAGAAAUACUUUGAAUAACACAUUCAUAAAUGGCUAAAAAGACAGUCAGACAAUAAAUCAUUAGGAACAAGUGUCUGUCCUCUUUCUAAAAGAUAUAAGAAUGCUCAGGAAAUGUACAGUAUCAGUCUAAAGUUUGGACACACCUACUCAUUCAAGGGUUUUUCUUUAUGUUUUACUAUUUUCUACAUUGUAGAAUAAUUGUGAAGA